AUGGCCGUUUGUACUACGCAAUCCUCAGACGAAUGGUACCUCACCGAAGGGUAUCGUGCUGUGAACCAGGCACUAGGUCGUGUUAUUCGUCACAUAAACGAUUUUGGCGUUGUGGCCUUACUAGAUGAAAGAUUUGCGAACGUGAAAAGAGAGUAUUUUCCGGCGUGGCUAAGAUCAUCUAUCAAGAUUUUUGAUCGGGGAUCAGAGUUCAUAGCAGUGACACGCAAAUUCUUCAGCGAAAAAAAGUUAGAAGUCAAGAAGUCAUCGAUGCAGUUUACUUUGCGUGACUCUAAAAGUGGAAAAGCUGUUUCUGGGGGUUUUUCAAGGAAACGGCCCAAUAUUGUUUCGUCAACCGAAGUCAGGCAUGAGUGUGUUAUGGAGUAUGGACUAUAUACUAAUAAGCCAGUGGACGUCGGCGCGAACGAGAACCUGUCAACUGUUGAUCGAAAUAGUUUGCUUUCAAUUUGUACUGCCGAGGAAUUACUGAAGUCAAAGAAAGCAGUAUCACUCGUUGAAAAGUUCAAUGCUGGUAUCGAAUCAGAGGUAACUUCAACGAGCCAAUCUGCCCCAUUACCGUCUCGAAAAAAGCUGAAACUAGCCGUAAGUUCUGAUCUUUUAGAAUAA